AUGCCCGACCCAGGCCCGACCCACCCUUUCAAUGUUGAGACAUACUCCGAUGCAAGCCUCUUCCUCCCCAACCCCACCGUGCCCCGCAAGUUCAACUUCGCCAAACACCGAAAGUGUUUCGGGCUUCGCUUUGUUUCUAAUGGCCAGAACAUGUUUCAGUGUCUCGACUUCUUAGAAACUGCCAUGCGUCCGGAUGUGGAUGAAUUGGACUUUGCGUGGCUGGUGGCACAGCAGGUCACAGGUCACAUUCGAGCGCGUUGCCCAUCAACUUCAUCAACCGUCGUCGUGAUUGCGAGCACAGUCGACUACAGGAAUCUGGCCCGUCACCUUGUGUCCGCCGAGGAUCACGUCAUUGAAGUUGGCAGCAGCUUGGGGCAUUGCACAGAAAUUCUACACGCCAGAGCGGCUGACGUACUCGGUCUCGACGUGUCUGUCGCCCAGCUGGCCGAAAGCCGCCGCCGAGUUCCAGGGGCUGAGUUUGACUUUCUUGACAUCUUUGAAGAGGCAGACCGCUUAGCGGCGCUUCCAGCUGCAGCUCGCUGCAAGAAGGUAUUUCUAGAUAUUGGUGGUGAUCGCCAAAAGUUGCAAGUUUUGCAUGCGAUCGACAUCUUGCGACGCUGCAUGCCGAAAGUGCAGUUGAUUGUGGUGAAAUCGGAGGAGCUCCACAGUGCCAUGGCUUCCUGGACAGGGUGUGCAAGCAGUGCCAGCAAUGGUGAAGGUCUUUACCUGGAGCGGCCGAGCGAGUUUCUACACUCCGCUGAAGGCUCCGCCGCACCUUUGCGCCUCCCAAAGCAGCGCCGCGCAACCCGGGUCAGGUCGCUGGCGCAGAACCAGGUUAUGGCUUCGGCAGACCCCGAGAGGUGGUUCUCUCGACACGAGAUCGAGGCUGCGCUCCCGUCCUUUUCAAACAUGCGUGGCUUUUGCUUGGCCCGAGAUGAGGAAUCGAAUGCGGAGCUGGCAACCUGCCUCUUCCUGCAUCACGAACAAAAUCCACUGUUCUUGGAUCAUGCAGCGUGUUGCAUUUAUGCCGAUGACAAAGAGGUCGAAGCAUUGAUGCGGCGCUGUGGCAAGCAUGCGAUACCCGUCUUUUGGGGUCAGGGUGGAGGAGCUGUGAUGCAGGAGUUCCUUGGAUCAUACGAGAUUGUUGACAUGUUGCCGUUGAGCCACAGCCUCUACGAGGCUCCUGCUUUAUGUGAGCAUCUUCAAGGGCUCCGUCGUCGCUCUCGCAGGCCAAUGACUGGCCCACAGCUACUGCAGAUGAAGUAUGUCGAGGCAGCACGGGAGUCGACAUAUCCAGAGCAUCCCUGCAAGUGCAGUGAUCCAUCUGCAUGGCUGCAGGAGAUCUUGAGACGUGUGCAGUGGCAUGAAAACGUGGCACAAGUUGGGGACAUCGCAUGUAAUACACUUCCAUCGCUUCCGUUCAUGGCUUUGCCGUGCUCAUCUACAAAGCUGCACAGACAGAUCGAGGUGCGCCGCGGCCGAGGACAACAUCGAGCCAAAAAGCGUUUGGACUUAAAAGGUGUAUACCACUAUGCUCCCUUACAGUUGCUUCUUUGCUUCACUGCGUUGCCGACGAACCACAACCCCAUCAUAUCCCACCACACCUCAGAUCAAAUCAUUUUGCGUGUACUUGUAGUUGUGUUGGUUUCAUUGCAGCCUGACUUUGACUUGACUUCGGCCUGCGCCAGACAUGCUAUACUGGACCCGCUCGAAUGUCCAAGAAGCAAUCCCUUCCGGCUGAACCGGCACAGCACUUGGUGGGAUCUGUUCGGGAUUCGUGGCUGGAAGUCGAAGAAACUUAAGAAACGUGCCCACACUAGCAUCGAGAUCACUAGCAGUGCACCAGUGCCACAUGCUGAACCGAGAUGCUGCAAACACACCUACAUAAGCCCUCGAUGCAGCGUCAGGACUUGGCGGCUGGCCUGCAGCAGCCUUUUGGCUGCUUGCCGUGGAGGCGUGACGACGAUGAUUCGCUGCUUCGCUGUUCCACAUGCAUGUGACGGAUCACGACUUCACGAGAUGCAUCAUCCAGAGCACUCUCACUAUUUUACGUGUGCCAGUUUGUCUUUCAUUGCUCAAUAUUAUACGUGCAAGAAUGCGCACAGAUGUUCGGAACAUCGGAAGCGUUUUCUCACGAGGCGCUUUGGUACAGAAGUCUUCUCUGUGGUUCGCCCGUUGCGUGCCCCAGGAUGCAGGGUGCACCAGAUUGCCACGGAGAGUGUUGUUGCAUAA